CCUUCGAUGUCACAAUCUAACUGUAUCUGUUAACCUGGCCAUGGCUGCUCACAGACCAGAGCAGCAAGGUCAAGAGGACCAGUGCAGCACAAUGUGGAAGAGGACAGACCAUCCUUCCAAAAGUAAACCCGGGGAUGGACUCAAGGCGGACCAGUUCAAAGCUCCAGGUUCAGCUCGGGAAGCAGCCAUAACACCCGCUGUGGACCUGUCAGGACUGCAGAGCUUCCCUGUGCUAGAGGGCAUCAGCCAUUACAUCAAGGACAUGGGUGCCCAGCUGGUGAAGAAAGUCAAUGCCAUCUUUCAGCUGGACGUCACCAAAGAUGGGAAGACCAUUCUGCAGUGGACCAUUGACCUGAAGAACAGAGCUGGGGACAUGUAUCCAGGACCCGCAGGGCUCCCGGCAGACACUGUCUUCACAAUCCCAGAGUCUGUCUUUAUGGAGUUAGUUUUGGGGAAAAUGAACCCGCAGAAAGCUUUCUGGGCGGCAAAUUCAAAGUGAGCGGCAAAGUUCUCCUCAGCCAGAAGCUGGAGAAGGUUUUCAAAGAUUGGGCUAAAUUUUAAGCAUGCGAAAAUACCCAGGAAAAGAGCAAAACUUCUCUCUACUGAUAAUGUCAAAUGGAAAUCAUGCUUAAAAUGAAGGAUAAAGUAAAAAGAACCUGAUUUUUUUACUCAAUUCUUCCUACUCAAAUGUGAUUGAUUUUCCUGCUGCUGUAUACAUUUGUGGUGAGAGCUGUGGAGCAGUAAAGAGCAUUG